UGCUUCCUUGGUAUUAUAUGACAAAGUACCUUGGCGUAGUAUAUAUGUACUAAGUCUUAUUGUUUAUGUGUUGUUUACUUUCAGACAAUAUGGCGAGUUUCAGCCUUUAUGAUUUUAUUACUAUAUCUGAUUAUACGUCAUUGUUGCGCGUUUCUUAUUUCAAAGCGCACAACUAAUGGCCACAGGUCGUGUUUGCGAACUUCUUGGUGGCGAUACUGAAAUACUGGAUUAUAACUACUGCGGUUGAUUUGUUAGCUAGACAAUUCGGAUUUAGCAAAUGCACGAUCGCGGCAAAUCGCAAUCUCACCGCGCGGACACUGGACUAGAGUCAUGCGUCCCUAAAAUAAAAAAAUCAUUCAGACAAAUGUGGGUCAACAACGACUGGCGUGCUUGUUAUUCUUCUAAUUUAAUUACUUACCAAACUACAUUUCACGUUUGAUUACGACGCAAGGAGCAAUGUCCAGCAAAAUUACAAGGUUUCUGUUGCUGCCGACCCGGUUCUGCCUGUGUCUUUUAUCUUUAUUUUACUGGGUCCUGGUAUAUGGCACUGCUUUGAUAACUGCAAGCAUGGUUCUGACUCGCAUUGCAUGGAGAGGACUGAAGAAUCCCCGUAAAACGUUUCAGUGGACAGUUCGCAAAUCCCCACCAUCGUGCCUGCGGGACCCCGAACUAGGAAGACACGGAUAUGUGCGGGCCAGGAGCUCCGGUCUGCGGCUCCAUUAUGUAGAGAAAGGAGACCACAAAAAUCCUCUGAUGCUCUUCCUUCACGGAUUUCCAGAGAACUGGUACUCCUGGAGGUACCAGCUGUGCGAGUUCAGCGCUCGGUACCACACAGUGGCCUUAGACCUGCGUGGCUGUGGAGACUCUGCUGCCCCCUGCAGGCCGGAGGACUAUGCUCUGGAAAUGCUGCUGGAUGACAUCAGGGACACCAUUAGCGGCCUAGGACACACGAGCUGCGUGUUGGUUGGGCAUGACUGGGGCGGGAUGCUGGCCUGGUACUUCGCCCUGGAACGCCCAGAUAUGGUGCAGCGUCUUAUCAUCAUGAACGCCCCGCACCCCGCCUCCUGGCUAGAUGCGGUCUUGCGACGACCUUCUCAGCUCCUGCAGGCUGGACAUGUCUGUUUCUUCCAACUGCCCCUACUGCCUGAAAUCGCCCUCUCUGUGGAGGACUUCAAGCUGGUGAGCAGCCUGUUCUGCGGCCGCCGUUUGGGGAUCAGGAACAGGGAGCGACAGCUGACGGCGGAGCAGCUCGAGGGAUACCUGUACCGCCUGUCCCAGCCUGGGGGGCUCACGGCUCCACUUCACUACUACCGCGCACUGCUCAGCAACAGCCUGUACAAGCACCAGGACGCGCAGGUGGCCUGCAUGCUCAUCUGGGGCGAGGACGACGGCCUGCUGGUGGAGGGGAGGUCGGGUGGCGGGCGGCCGUACGCCAGGGCCGCUGCCGCAGUGCACAUGAUCCCGCACUGCAGCCACUGGGUGCAGCAGGACCAGCCUGAGGUGGUCAACAAGCUUAUAUCAGAUUUUCUGUUAGGUCUGGGUGUGAAGCAGCACCACGCCCAUCAACAGGGGCGAGAUGGACUGCAACCCUGAAGCUGGAGAUUGUGGAGGCUGAGCAAUGAAGCUUCUGGAAUUCUCUGCUAAUAUUGCUCAUCUUCCUACUCAAAUAAUCAUCUGUAAUUAAACAUUUUGGACUCUCCAGCUGACAUGCCUCUUUGUGGAAACCCGCCCCCCCCAGAGAUGGUGUUUGAGUCACUGGGUUAUGUCUCUCUGCUUUUAAUCAGAAGGUUGCUGGUUCAAUUUCGAAAGCCAACAGAGUGGUUUUGCUGUUGGAUCCUUGAGCAAGGCCUCUAAUCCCCAAUGGCUCCAGGGACUGUCUGAGCCGCUUGCUCACCUGUACGCUGCUUUGGAUAAACGUAUCUGUGAAAUAAAUCAAACAUGAUUCCCCA